UACAAAGUCAUGGUUAUGUAUCAGAAUUAAUAAAUAAGCAGUGGGAGAUUGAAUAUUUAAUGAUAAAGACAUUCGAAAAUAAUUUCAGUUUUGAUUUUACUUAAUACCAUAAUUUGUGAUAAUCAAUAUUUAAAAUAACCAUGAAUAAGCUCAAAUUCUUAACUGCUGAACAACAUAAAUGUUGGCAAGACAAUGGAUAUGUUAAAUUAUCAAAUGUAUUUACAUCAAAGGAGAUGAACGAAAUUUGUACCGAGUAUAAUCAACUUUUUGAACAAAAAAGUCAGGAAAAUAUGGAAGCAUUAGAAGCUGUUUGGAUUGGAGAUGACAUGAAAAACCUUUCUGCACAUCGAAAUGUUACAGUAAAAUCCAUCCAUAAUCUUCAAAUGCACAGCGCCGUAUUUACGAGAGUGAUAACAAAUUCAAAUUUAUUAGAUGCUUUGGAAGACAUAAUGGAUACAAAAGAUAUACUUUUACAUCACACUAAAGCUCAUAUAAAACCACCUGAAAAGGGAGCUCCAUAUUUAAUGCAUCAGGAUUAUCCAUACUUUCCUCAUAAAAAACACACAAUGCUUGCUGUAUUUCUUCAUCUCGAUGAUACAACACCAGAGAAUGGUGGAUUGGCUAUUUACCCAGGAAGCCAUAAACUUGGGCCUUUAGAAGCUCGUACAUUAUACGAUGACAAUAAAGACGCAUAUCAUUAUGUUGAUCCUGAUCGUUAUCCAUUGUCAGGAGCCACUCCAAUUAGUGCUAAAAAAGGAGAUAUUAUUGUUUUUUCAUAUUUACUUUUACAUGGAUCAUAUCUCAAUCUCUCUGAUAGACCACGACGUAUGUUUUUAAUUCAAAUUCGCGCAGCAGAUGAUGAACCAACUGAUGACGUUCACAAAUCUCCGUGUCAGGGUUUGGUACUUAGAGGUCGAAAUCCAUACCGUGAUGCUGGUAUGGCUUCUAGAUUUGCUCAAUAAAUAUCUGUUAAAGUGUAUAUAAAUAUUUCUUCCUCAUGUAUGUAUUUUGUUUAUGUAAAUAAUGACGUAAUAAAAGAACAAAAUAUAUUUUACGAAGCAACUUCA